AUGGAUGGGCAGCAGGGAAAUGGAGUUGCCACCAAAUCAUCCGCCAUUCGACUAGAGCACAUGCCUCAGCAAGCGUGGGUGUGGGCACCGGGAGACGAUUGGACAGGGGUCAUAGAUCGAAGUGAACGGCGAAAACUACAGAACCGCCAUAAUCAGAGGGCAUACCGGCUACGACGCAAAGGUAAGGCCAUAGAACGACAAGAGGCCCCAUUUACCUCCUUUGCUUCCCAGGAAGUGUCAGACGUUGCUCUCUUCACGCCAUCGGUAGACUCCGUAGCAGAAAGCACAGAAGAACUUAAAUGCACCCAUGCUCCACCAUACGCGCUACAAUUCCGCCGUUGGUUUGAGGCCAAAGCCAGGGAUAGCUAUCUGUGUGGCUCCCCACGAUUAGAGCAUCUGAUUAGCCUCAGCCGUCUGAAUGUCCAUCGAGCAAUCAUUGAAAAUAUCUCUGCGAUAGGGAUGACCGAUGACUGGAUGAAAAGUGACGAUUCAAUCUCGAUCUUUAACCUCGUUCAUCCUGGGUUCUCGGAGGAGAAGAUUCCGCCUAGUCUACGCCCAACCCUCAUUCAGCGGACUAUACCGCAUCACCCCUGGUUGGAUUUCUUCCCGUUUCCCCGUAUGCGAGAUAAUCUCAUCGCUGCGGGAAAUACUUUGGAUGAUGAUGACUUGUGUCAUGAUUUGAUGGCUUUUUGGGAUACAAGAAAUACAGGCGCGACCUUACUCGUGUGGGGAGAGCCAUGGGACCCUAAGAACUGGGAGGUUACCGAGGGCUUUUGUAAAAAAUGGGGAACGAUGCUGUGGGGAUGUUCUGAACUGCUUGUUUCUACAAAUUGUUGGAGAAUGAGGAGGUGGGAGAAGCCUUUGGCCUGGAGACAGUUGCUACAGUCAUAG